AUGCUGGGCUCUACAACCAUCCUCUCGGUGACCAUCUUCGUGCUAUUGAUUGUGGUACCUCUGUUUGUCAUUCCCCGGCUCUCAGGAUGGACCCAAAGCAACCAAUCAAGUCUUCUGCAACGCCUCAGAGGCCCGAGACAGCCCCCCAGCGAGGUUGUGUCACUUCGCGUAUAUCCGAUCAAAUCGUGCCGUGGCUUCGAGCUGGGCAAGACCAAACUGCGCAUGCACGGCUUGGAUCUCGAUCGCCAGUGGAUGUUCGUCGAUGCGAAGACAAAUGAAUUCCUGACCAUUCGACAGAUCCCUCAGAUGACUCUCAUCAACACAGGACUCAGCCCGGACGGCGACUCGCUCGUUCUGACCAUCACUGGUGUCGAGGGUCAAUCUGUUCGCAUCCCGGCCCGUCCAUGUGCCGCCUGGCUCGCGGCAAACACUAGCCUGACGCAGGUGAAGAUUUGGGACAUUGUGACGGACGGCUACGCGUACGGACCGGAAGUAAAUGACCUGUUCUCAUCUCUCUUGCACCGUGACGUCUGUCUGGUCUACAAGGGCCCGACCCCUCGCAUCCUGCGAGGGAACGGAGACCCUCGUCUCCUGGGCCGUACCCAAAGCACGAACUUCCCCGAUGUUCAUCCCGUGCUGAUUGCCUCGGAAUCGUCCAUUGCCGAGCUUAAUUCGCGGCUCAAGACGAACGGCGCGGAUCCCAUCACCAUCGAGCGCUUCCGUCCCAAUAUCAUCAUCAAGGGGAAUGCGCCGUGGACUGAGGAUUCGUGGAAAUUAGUGCGCAUUGCGAAAGCAGACCUUGCCAAGUCGUCGGGUUCACCCGCCCUCACCCUGGAUGUCGUUGCCCGCUGUGCUCGAUGCCAGGUCCCGAAUGUCAACCCCGAUACCGCGGAAAAACACAAGACCCAACCGUGGAAUACCCUCAUGAGCUACAGACGGGUCGAUGCAGGUAGUUCCUACAAGCCAUGCUUUGGUAUGCUUAGUGCUCCGCGCAAUGAGGGGGUCAUCGAGGUUGGUAUGAGGUUUGACGUUCUUGAGGAAACCAGGAAUCAUAAAUACAUCAAGGGCUUUUAA